AUGUGUCUCAUCAGCAUUCAGUACACCGCCUGUGGGCAUUCUGGCAGCCCCUUCAUCCUUGACAAGGACCGCUGUCCGCUCUGGCCAGGGCCGCAGUGUGUGUUCCAUUUCAAGCGCUCAAUGAGCUACGAUGGCCUGCUCAUCACGCCCUACGUCUGCGACCAGUGCCUUGGGCAAUCACAACAGUCACACGAUGACUCCGGACCAGAAAACCUCAACAAUGAGACCAGGGAUCCAGAGGAGGAGCAGCAUACCGAUGACGACACGAUCAGUACAGGCAGCACGUGUAGCCCGCCCCAAGAGCCGAUGCUUUUUGACAGUCUGGAUAGCCUGGACAGCAUAGAAGCCGCCGUCCUGAUCGAGGCGGCGGCGGCGGCUACGUUUCCCGCCGAGAAGAAUACCGCGGCAUUGAGGGUGACCAACGCGAGCACCAAAGCAAGCGGCAAGUCCGACAGGGGCAGCGGCAGUACUGUUCACAACUUGGUCGCAUCUGACCGCGACAAGGAGGUGUUUGGCACCACUAGCAUCUACGAGCGUGUUCCUGGGGAGAUGGCUGUCAAACCAUUUUGCUUCUACGACGAAGCGGAGCAGGCGAUUCACAACUCCAUCCACGAUUACAGCAACCUUCAAGUGGACGAGCUGAUAGAGCUGGUGCUGUCUCGCUGGAACGUGGACAAGGAUUCUGGGGAGGACGUAUGA